UCAGAAAUGGUAGAGCCGAGACAAUUUGAUGAUGACCAUUUUCCAUUGCUACCUUAUAGGCCAGGUUUAUGUUACUGAUGCCGAGCUCUUUAGCUACUAAUUGCUGGAGAACAAUUCUUUUUUGGUUGAUGAUCAAUCUACAAUUGCAACUCCAAGUGAAGUUGGCUAAUGCUUAUUUGAUAGUUGCUGUUUCGCUGCGACAUCUAUUGCUCUUAGAACGUGAUAAGAGACUAGAGCCAGAAAAUUUUAAUUAUAGUGCUCUUGAAACAUUCUAAUUUAUUGGUGUUUCUUUUUUUUUGGUUACAAAUGUUGCCUGUCUUUUGUACGAGCAUAUUGAUGUUGUUCAUUCCUUCUUUUUUCUCUUGUAGCCUAAUUGGCGUUCGAUUUAAAAAAAAGAAACCAAAGAUGAAAGUAUUAACUUUUUGGAUGUUUCUUGUGCUGUGUUUUUUAAGGGUUUAUUUACAAUACAAUAUGUGUGCUAGUACUAUUAAAAUGGAUAUUUUAAAAUAAUAUUAAAAAGAAGCUGACUUU